UCUUUCUCAAGUGAUUCUCUGGCUCUCCGCUUCGUUACCUUCGAACAACAUACUCGUAGAAGCAAAAUCGCGAUUCUUGUGAUCUCACGAACAAUUAAAUCACGAACCGAACCUCCAUGGAUAACUCCGGGAAUCCCCAUGAUAUCCUUGUGCCACCAGUUGAAGGUGUUGCUGGAGGCGGGACAGCAUAUGGAUGGAAUGACGGUGUUACUGGUGUACGGAAUUUAAGUCCCCUCAAGGGAUCAAUUGACCCUUCGGAGGUUCCAACAACAGAUUUGGUGCAUGUGUGGUGCAUGCCAAGCACUGCAAAUGUUGGACCACAAGAAAUGCCUAGACAUUUGGAGACGAUAAAUCUUCUGGCAGCCAGAAAUGAGAGAGAAAGUGUUCAGAUUGCAAUUCGUCCAAAAGUUUCUUGGGUUAGUUCUGGAGUUGCAGGGACCGUCUUGGUCCAAUGUAGUGACUUAUGCUCCACAUCUGGUGAUAGAUUAGUUGUUGGACAGUCAGUAGCUUUACGGCGUGUGGUACCGAUUUUGGGUGUCCCAGAUGCUCUUGUGCCCCUUGAUCUUCCAGUUAGUCAAAUAAACUUAUUACCAGGAGAGACUACUACAGUUUGGGUUUCCAUAGACGUUCCUAGCACCCAACCCCCAGGUCAAUAUGAGGGGGAUAUUAUCAUUACCGCAGCAAAGCCAGAUAUAGAAUCUUCAACUCAAUGCUUCAGCAAAGCUGACAAGUACAAACUUUACAGAGAACUUCAGAACUGUCUUGAAACAGUGGGGCCAGUUGAUGACAAACCAUUGGAUGAAGUGGUAGAAAGAGUGAAAUCUGCAACUACAUCUUUAGGAAGAGUUCUUCUGUCUCCAUUAUUUUCUGAAUUUUCAGAUAAUGGGCCAGUUGAUAUGAUGGACGAAGAUGCUAUUUCAAACCUUUCAAUACGUGUGAAGAUAAAUUUGACAGUUUGGGACUUUGUUCUUCCUUCAACUCCAUCACUUCCUGCAGUAUUUGGAAUAUCCGAUACUGUUAUUGAGGACCGUUUUGGCGUUAUUCAUGGGAGCGAAGAGUGGUAUGAGGCAUUGGAUUUGCAUUUCAAGUGGCUUCUUCAGUUUAGAAUAAGCCCAUAUUUUUGCAGGUGGGGUGAUAGCAUGCGUGUUCUUACAUACACUUGCCCUUGGCCAGCCGACCAUCCAAAAUCAGAUGAAUAUUUUUCAGAUCCACGAUUGUCUGCAUAUGCUGUACCAUAUAGUCCUGCCAUCUCUGGUGAUGCAUCAAAGGACUACUUGCAUAACCAAAUUGAGAUAUUACGGACAAAGACUCACUGGAAGAAAGCAUAUUUCUAUUUGUGGGAUGAGCCGCUUAAUUUGGAACAAUAUGAUUCUAUACGCAACAUGGGCGCUGAAAUUCACGCUUAUGCUCCAGAUGCUCGUGUCUUAACAACUUACUACUGUGGGCCAAGUGAUGCACCUCUCGCACCUACCCCUUUUGAGGCUUUUGUGAAAGUCCCAAAGUUCCUGCGCCCUCAUACUCAAAUUUAUUGCACGAGUGAAUGGGUGCUUGGGAAUCGAGAGGAUUUAGCCAAGGAUAUUAUUUCCGAGUUACAGCCAGAAAAUGGUGAGGAGUGGUGGACUUAUGUGUGCAUGGGACCUUCUGACCCCCACCCCAAUUGGCACCUUGGGAUGCGAGGUACGCAGCACCGUGCUGUCAUGUGGCGUGUAUGGAAAGAAGGUGGGACAGGAUUCUUGUAUUGGGGUGCAAACUGUUAUGAGAAGGCAACUGUGCCCAGUGAAGAGAUAAGAUUCAGGCGUGGUCUUCCCCCUGGAGAUGGGGUCCUGUUCUAUCCUGGCGAGGUGUUCUCAUCAUCACAUACACCAGUCGCUUCACUGCGUCUAGAGCGCAUUCUCAGUGGCUUGCAGGACAUUGAAUAUCUGAAACUCUAUUCUUCGAGAUAUGGUAGAGAUGAAGGGUUGGCUCUCCUUGAGAAGACAGGUGUUUACCUGGGUCCUGAACGUUACACCCUUGAGCAUAUGCCCAUUGAUGUCAUGCGGGGUGAGAUCUUCAAUGCUUGCAGGUCAUAAAAUAGAACUCUAUGUCAGGUAAUUGGUGGAGAAAAGUAACAUUCUCUAAGGUGCGUCUCAUGUCCUAAGUUGUUCCACAGUUGUGGACAUUGCCAAGACAGACCAAUGAGCGCAACGUGCAAGGAUUCAACAUGGGCAGACGUGCCAAUCCACAUGGCGUUGAGACGAGAUUUCAACACCAACACCGGGCACAUCUUGAUGAUUUUUGUUUGAACUUGCACCAAGUUUUCUGCUCUAUGUGUUGUUUUUGUUUUAUUUAUUUGUUUGUUUUUAGCCCGCCUUAUUAAAUCAAUUAUGUUAUUGGUAGCUUUUUUCA